ACCCUCUGGCACGUCGUCUGCGACGACGGGGCCGCCAUAAUCGAGAACUUCCUCCCGGCACCCACCAUCGCGAAAUUCGACCAAGAACUCUCGCACCGCUCCGCCACGACCACGGGGGGCCAAAUGAACCAAGAACAGAUGCCGGUACCCACCACGACCAAAUGGAUCAACGACCUGACAGCCACGUGCCCAACCUUCCGGCACGAGAUCCUCAACAACCCCGUCCUACACGGCCUGUGCGAGGAGGUCUUCGCCCCGCACGGGGACUACUGGCUCCUGAACGGGAUGGCCAUGGAGAUGAUGCCGGGCAAUCCCACCCAAGAACUGCACAACGACCACGGCACGCACCCGAUCCUGCAGUAUCUACGGGAUGACGCCCCGUCGCCGGUGUUCAGUAUCAUCACGGCGGUGAAUGAGUUCACGGAGGCGAAUGGCGCGACGCGGGUGAUCUUGGGCAGUCAUCGGUGGCCGAAGGGCCAGCGUGGGAAGGAUGAGCAGACGGUGCGGGCGGUGCUUCGGCCGGGGGACGCGUUGGUGCUGUAUCGGACGACGAAGCAUGGGGGUGCGGCGCACGGUGUGGAGAACCCCGAUCAUCGACGCUUGUUGUUGCUGUCCGUGGGCAGCUGUCAGCUAGCGCCGUAUGAGACGCAUGUCACGGUGCCGCGGCCGGUGGUGGAGAGUAUGACUCCCCUGGCGCAGAAGAUGAUCGGGUGGCGCAGUAUGAAGCCGGUGAUUUCGAAUGUAAUGGGGUUGAUUACGGUGCGCAUGAAGCAUCUGGAGACGCAGAUUGGGUUGAGGUCGGAGGUGCCGUUGGAGGGGGGGUGUUGA